AUGGCGGCCGUCUACAAAACCGUUUCAAAGCAGAAGGCCCGGCAGCCUGUCGAGGACCUAGACGACGAGAUGGGUAUGGAGAUCGAGGAGCUCCUGAACGAUGCGGACGACACCACCGACAGCGAAGAGGAUGAAGAAGAAGAGGACCGUAUCGCUGCGGCGAAGAAGCAGCUUGCUCAAGGAUUUAUGCCCAAGACGCGGGUACUUAUUUUGACAUCGCGCGGUGUCUCAUCCCGUCACCGACACCUCAUGGCAGAUCUCUGCGCACUCCUCCCGCACACUCACAAGGAGACUAAGCUUGACACCAAGAAAAAGACAGCCGGUUACAACCUUUUGCUGAACUCUCUGGCCGACCUGCACUCCUGCAACAUGAUUUUCUUCCUCGAGGCUCGUAAGAACGGUCAAGAUCUUUACCUCUGGCUCGCACGCCCGCCAAACGGCCCCACCAUCAAGUUCCACCUGAACAACCUACACACCAUGGCGGAACUUGGUGCUGGGUUUGCGGGCAACUGUCUGAAGGGCGGUAGAGGCCUUGUGGUAUUCGACCGGUCAUUCGACGAGCAAGGCCCGGACAUGGGCGCCGGCGCCCCGGGUAACGAGUAUCGUUCUCUGGUCCGUGAGAUGCUGCGCGGAAUUUUCUGCGUUCCCAAGCGGGGUGUGAAGGGUAUGAAGCCGUUCGUGGACCGCAUCAUCGGCAUCUUCGGUGUGGAUGGCAAGAUCUGGAUUCGUAUCUAUGAGAUCCGUGAGUCAGAGAGUGGUGGCGCGAAGAAGGAAGGCGAGGCGACUGUUAAGCCUGUUCCAAAGGGCAAGGACGCCGGUCUUCCAGAGGUCUCCUUGGUGGAGAUUGGACCUCGUUUCGUCCUGACCCCCAUUGUGAUCUUGGAGGGCAGCUUCGGUGGCCCCGUCAUCUAUGAGAACAAGGAGUACGUUAGCCCGAACCAGGUUCGUCGCGAGAUUCGGUUGGGCAAGGCUGGCCGGUACGCGGCGCGCAGGGACACACAAACCGAUCGGGUGGCCAAGCGGACGGAUCUGGGAUUGACCGACAACUCUUCGCGGAAGCCCAAUGCUCUAGGUGUACGCGAACUCUUCGCAUAA